AUGGCAAUGCUUAUGAAGGUGGCUUGUGUGGUGCUUGUGUUCAUGGUGGUGGUUGCACCCAAUGAGGUGGGUGCCCUAACUUGCGGUCAGAUUCAGGCUGGGUUGGCCCCAUGCCUGGGCUACCUGAGGGGAGGUAAUGUGGUGCCCCCGAAAUGCUGCGACGGGAUCAGGGCACUCAACAGCGAGGCUAAGACUACAGCAGAUCGCCAAGCCGCUUGCAGGUGCUUGCAGUCAGCUGCUAAAUCCAUCAGCGGUAUCAACCUUGGUAAAGCUGCUGGCCUCCCUGGCCGCUGUGGUGUGAAUAUUCCUUACAAGAUCAGCCCAAGCACAGACUGUUCUAAGGUGAAGUGA